AAUUCAUAGAUUAAAUAGCCAUCAAUCUUCUAAAACCUUACUAGCUACUUAGCAAAAUGGCACUUUCUUCUUCUUCUUCUAAAUCUUUUUCUUUAUCAUCAUCUAAUUCAGUAGUCAAGUUUUUGUUAGCUUUGAUGAUGUUUUUACUUAUAGGAAAUUGUUGUGCUGAACUCUCUGAAAACUUGUAUGUUAAAAAAUGUCCUAAUGUUUUCAAUGCUAUAAACUCUGUUGUUCACUCUGCCGUGGCUAAAGAACCUCGUAUGGGAGCAUCUCUUCUUCGUCUUUUCUUUCACGACUGCUUUGUUAAUGGUUGUGAUGGAUCGGUGCUACUUGAUGACACAUCCUCCAUUAAAGGAGAGAAAAAUGCAGGUCCAAACAAAGAUUCUUUGAGAGGUUUUGAAGUGAUUGAUGCCAUAAAGUCUAAGGUGGAGGCAUUAUGCCCCGGUGUGGUGUCAUGUGCUGAUAUUCUAGCCAUUACUGCUCGUGACUCUGUUGUAAAUCUAGGAGGGCCUUAUUGGAAGGUUAAACUUGGAAGAAGGGAUUCAAAAAGAGCCAGCUUCAACGAUGCAAACAGUGGUGUGAUUCCACCACCCUUUUCUACCCUUAAAAACCUUAUCUCGAGGUUCCAAGCCCAAGGACUCUCUACUAAGGACAUGGUUGCCUUAUCUGGAGCUCACACAAUAGGAAAGGCAAGGUGCAUUGUUUAUAGAGACCACAUUUACAAUGACACAAACAUAGACAGUUUAUUUGCCAAGUCAAGGAAGAGAAACUGUCCAAGAACAAGUGGUUCAAUAAAAGACAACAAUGUAGCAGUCCUAGAUUUCAAAACACCAAACCAUUUUGAUAACCUGUACUACAAGAACCUCAUCAACAAAAAGGGACUCCUUCAUUCUGAUCAAGAGCUUUUCAAUGGAGGAUCUACUGAUUCAUUGGUUAAAACUUAUAGUAAUAAUCAAAAGGCCUUUGAAAAUGACUUUGUUAUUGCAAUGAUUAAGAUGGGGAAUAAUAAUCCUCUUACUGGAUCAAAAGGGGAGAUUAGGAAGAAUUGUAGGAGAGCCAAUUAAAGGAAACUUAAUUAAAUUAUAUAUAUAUUAAAAAUGUAUUCGAUGUUCGAUACUGACACAUAAAUGUCUGCAUGACAAAGUCAUGUCAAUGUCAGUUUCACUGUGUUAGUGUUUCAUAUACCCCAAAAGUCGUGCUAUUUUUAAUUACUUGAUAUGUUUUUUUGUGUGUUGAAAUUAUCUUGUUGACAAGUUCAAUUUAAAUUAUAUUCAAGUUUAUGUAAGUUCAUUGCAGAAGAGUGUUGUGACCAAAACUGUUACUUUAAGGAUGUGUUUAUUGUAUUCAUCUCAUAAUUAAAAUGAAUAUAUAUUAGCUUU